AUGCUUGUGGUGAAAUGGAACACAAAGGAUGGUUGGCUUGCGCCAAGCAUUAUUCCAUACCAGAACCUAAGUCUGAGUCCGGCCACCUCUGUUUUCCAUUAUGCGUUUGAGUGUUUUGAAGGAAUGAAGGCAUACAAAGACAAGGCUGGCGGUAUCCGGUUAUUCAGGCCGGACAAGAAUAUGGAACGGUUAAACAAGUCGUCGAAGCGUAUUGCGCUUCCAACGGUUGAUGGCGAUGUGGUCAUCAAGCUGAUUAGCGAACUGGUUAAACUAGACAGCAGAUUUAUUCCUCAAGCUCGUGGUUACUCGUUGUACCUGAGACCCACAAUGAUCGGGACCCAGGAGUCGCUAGGUGUCACUGCUCCAAACUCUGCCAUGUUCUUUGUCAUCGCGAGCCCUGUUGGCCCCUAUUUCCCGACAGGAUUCAAAGCAAUUUCCCUUGAAGCAACAAAUUAUGCGGUUCGCGCAUGGCCUGGUGGGGUUGGUGACAAGAAGCUGGGCGCGAACUAUGCCCCAUGCAUUGUUCCGCAACUGGAAGCUUCCAGGAAAGGCUUUCAGCAGAUUCUUUGGUUAUUUGGAGAAGAGUAUAUCACCGAAGUUGGGGCUAUGAAUCUUUUCGUCGCGAUGAAGAACAAAGAAACCGGGCAGAAUGAGCUCGUAACAGCUCCCCUGGAUGGCACCAUCUUGGAAGGUGUUACUAGAGAUUCCGUUCUCACUCUUGCCCGGGAAAGACUAGUCCCCAGAGGUUGGAUGGUAUCGGAGCGUAAGUUGAAAAUGUCGGAAAUUGCCCAAGCCUCUGAUGAGGGCAGAAUGAUCGAAGUUUUCGGAGCGGGCACUGCAGCCAUUGUUAGUCCAGUUCGCAAUAUUAGCUGGAAAGGACAGAUGGUAGAUUGUGGCUUGAAGCAAAACGAAGAAGCCGGAAAAGUGGCCCUUGAGAUGAAGAAUUGGAUAGAACGGAUUCAGUAUGGAGACGACGAACAUAGCUGGAGGUAA